AUGAGCCGGACAACGGCGGAGCAGUCGUUUCACCGGUUCUGCCACUGCUUCGCCGCUGGUCUUUGGCGCACCUGGAUACGUCUCCCGGAGGGAGAGGAUCUCCGACGUGUUGAGAGCACGUACAGAUCUCUUGGGUAUCCGGGAGCCGUGGGAUCAAUCGACUGCACCCACGUACCAUGGGAGCGCUGUGCGUUUUCGGAGACCACAACCCACAAGGGCAAAGAGGGGUACACGACGGUCGUGUUCGAGGCGAUCUGCGACCAUGCUGGUCGCAUCCUCGCGUCGACGAAGGGGUACCCGGGGGCCGAGAACGACAAGACAGUCGUUCAGCGCGAUUUGUCCGUGCGGCGGGUUGAGGGGGAGGAGCCGUGGGUGAGCUACAAGUACGAGAUGUACGACGAGACCGGGGACGUGACGGAGCACACGGGGGGAUGGCUCAUCGCCGAAGGGGGCUACCAUCGGGUCCCCCUUCUGAUAUGCCCGUUCAAGGUGUAUGCGAACGUUGCGGAGCAGCAGUGGAGCAAGAGGUUGGAGUCAGUUCGCAAGGACAUCGAGUGCUUGUUCGGACGACUCAAGGGGCGGUUCAGGCUCUUCAAGACCGGGAUUUUGUUCGGCGACCGGACAAAGAUCGACGACGCAUGGUUCACCGCUUGCAUCAUCCACAACAUGCUCCUCGCGUUUGAUGGGUUGGAUCAGCUGGAGGUAGACAUGGACUGGGAGGGGAAAGACGGAGAGGCGGACAGCACCACGGGCGUGUUCCCGGCUGUCACGGUUGCUGACAGCGCAGAGGAUAAGGUAUCCGGGGACGACGACGCCGCAUUCCAUGCCCACAGGCAAUGUCUGGUAGACCACUUCGCGUUCGCG